CCCUUCUUCUUCAGCCGGAUGUAUUCAGUUUCCCCUCCAACGAGGGUUCUUGAAUGGACGCCAUUACUACAAGACUGCUCCAUCUCUCAAAAUCCUUGAACAAAUUGAGAUCUUUGAAACCGAUUCAAGUUCUUCAUCAGAAAGCGAUCUCUUUCGGAUUGCAACACAACGUAGCCCUGUGCAAGAACCUAAUAAAUCUCUACAUUUCCCGCGGCGACUAUCAAUCCGCGAAAUUGAUUUUUCAAGGAGUACAGAAUCCAUCAAACAUCACGCUAUGGAACGCGUUGAUCGCAGCAUACGUGAAGAACGCAAUGUUCCAAGAGGCUCUGUCGCUAUUCGAGAAAUUACUGCGUUUUCCAAAUCUGAAACCAGACAGUUACACGUACCCGAGCUUGUUGAAGGCCUGCGGAGGUUUGGGGAGAACAGAUUACGGGGAGAUGAACCAUUCUUUGUUGAUGAAAUUAGGGUUCAUGUCGGAUGUGGUAAUCGCGAGUUCAUUGAUCGGAAUGUACGCCAAAUGUGGUAUGUUUAUAUCUGCAGUGAAGGUGUUCGACGAAAUGCCUGAAAGGGAUUUAGCUUGUUGGAAUAAUGUGAUCACUUGUUAUUAUCAGAGUGGGCAAUGGAAGAAGGCAUUGGAGUAUUUUGAUAAGAUGAGGAGCUAUGGAUUGAGGCCCGAUUCUGUCUCCUAUACCGUCGCGAUUUCGUCGUGCGGUCGCCUCAUCGAUUUGGAAAGAGGCGAAAAAAUUCACGAUGAAGCGCGCCGGACCGGUCUUGCGAUGGAUAGUUACGUUAGCGCCGCACUCGUCGAUAUGUUUGGGAAAUGUGGCGCCUUAAAGAAGGCGAAGGAAGUUUUCGACGAAAUAAGGGACAAGAGCUUAGUUUCUUGGAAUGCCGUGAUCGGUGGGUAUAGUCUAGUCGGGGAUACUAAUUCAUGUAUUCGACUUUUUGAGAAAAUGGUCGGGGAAAGGGUUCGACCAAGUUCGACGACAAUAAGUAGCUUGUUAAUGGCGUGCGCUAAAUCAGCAAAUCUCCGGGCCGGGAAGUUUAUUCACGGAUAUAUAACGAGGAGUAAUGUCGCGAGCGAUAUCUUCCUCGAAAGCUCGCUAAUCGACAUGUAUGUUAAAUGUGGACGUGUUUUGACAGCGGAGAUUAUCUUCAAUCGAAUGGCGAAAUCGAAUAUCGUCGCUUGGAAUGUUAUGAUUUCGGGCUAUGUAACUGCAGGCUGUUACUUCGAGGCGCUUCGUACGUUUGACGACAUGCGGAAAUCUGGCGUAAAACCUGAUGCAAUAACGUUCACGAGCGCUUUGUCGGCUUGUUCGCAGCUGGCUGCGUUGGAGCGAGGUAGAGAGCUCCACGAGUGCAUAGUCGAAAAUAGGUUGGAUUCGAACGAAAUAUUAGCCGGAUCCCUUCUUGAUAUGUAUGCGAAAUGCGGCGCCGUGGAAGAAGCCGAGAGUGUAUUUAAUCGGUUGUCAACAAGAGAUGUAGUUUCGUGGACUUCGAUGAUCGUAUCCUACGGCUCGCACGGUCGAGCGCCCGAAGCUUUGAAGCUUUUCGAGGAUAUGUUGCGAGUGCGUGUACCACCGGAUAGAGUUACGUUUCUCGCAGUAAUUUCGGCUUGCAGCCACGCCGGACUAGUCGACGAGGGGCGGCGAUGUUUUAAAUUAAUGGUAAAUGAUUAUGGAAUUCGACCUUCGGUUGCGGAGUAUUCGUGUCUUAUCGAUCUUCUCGGGCGUGCUGGGAGGUUAAUCGAAGCUUACGACAUUCUCCGGAAGAAUGCUGACAUUAAAGACGACGUUGAGCUGUUGAGUACGCUGUUUGCUGUGUGCGGUUUGCACGGGGAGCUCGAGUUGGGGGAGAAAAUUGCGAAACUUAUUAUCGAGAAGGAUCCGGACGAUCAUUCGACUUACGUUGGUCUUGAAAAGAUGUACGCCGGCAAGAAGAAAUGGGACAAGGUGCGCGAGAUCCGAUUCAAAAUGAAAGAAUUCGGCUUGAAGAAGAAUCCGGGAUGUAGCUGGAUUGAAAUCGACGAGACAAUCCGAUCCUUCGUAGCCGAGGAUCGAACAUUCGCGCAACGAGAAGACAUCUACGGCUGCUUGUCGAUUCUAUAUAACGACAUGGAGAACGACGAAAUGGAAGCGCAAGAGGAGGCGUAGUCGAACAAAUGCGUCGAAAAGUUUAGACAGCAGUGAUCUUCACAAAGCCUUCUUGUUCGAGAGACGGCACAAACAAGCGAAGAAGAUGCCAGACGCGCGGAGCUUCGGUAGAUGCAUCAAGUCUAUCAAAUCAUCGCUCUCGAAAGGAACAGGAACUAUGCCGCCGUGUGUUUGUUUGGCCGUUUGAAUUUUGAUUUGAGAUUUAAAUAGUAAAAAUUUUGAAUCGAUAGAUAGUUAAAUGAUGUGAUAUAAAUUUUUAAUUGAUGUGACAUUUGAAUGUAA